UCCAUCUCUUUUCUGCUCGGUCGAUGCGUGCCAGUUCAGCCUUCUCUCCGCUCGGAAUUUCUCCUUUUUGCAAUACUGUACAUCCAAACGACACCUUGGCCGUAAGUAUAGCUUUGAAUAUGACCAAUAACCACCAUUGGCUCAUAAUAAAUGCAUGUAGUGUUGAAAUGAUAACUUGUUUUGUAAACAUGCAACUUUAUUUUGAGGACUGUAUAUUUUUAUGGCAUGACCGUUUUUUUUUCCCGCUUUUAUUUAUAUGUUGGCUUUAUGACAAUUAUUUGAGUUAAUGUGUUUUAAUUGGUGGUGAUAUAGCCUAGUAGGGGGUUGCAUAGUGAAGAACUUUGAUUUGUGUUGCCUUUACAGAAGUAGACCACCAUUUCUUAUUUUUCCCAGUUUACCUUAGAAGACCUUUAUAUACUUUGCAAUGCAAAUGUUUUCGUUACGCAAUCGAACUGUCCAAUGGCAGGUGUUAUGUUUCCACAAGCGAAUAAAUUAAUCUUUAACUAGAAUUAGAUGUUAUGUUUACGUUUGGGGUCCCUAUACACGUGAUAUGAUCAUUGUGUGAUCCUUUUAGCCAUUAUUAAAAGCAACCACUUGUUGAAAAUACAGUACGAUAAUGUUCUAUCUGCAGCAGGUGUUACUAUAUAACCCGCCCCCCUUUGUUUUUUUGUUGUUGGUUUUUUUCCUGUUGGUUUUUUACGACCUCCAUACCAGUCUUAGUUUUUUCGACACUGUUGACAACACUAACCUGUUGUUGGCUAGAUACGUUGAAUCAAUGUAACAGUUUCUCUCGCCAAAGCAUUUACAUCUCAUUGAUUUUUCACGCCUGGUCCCAUGCAUUUUGACGCGUUUGUGGGCAUUUGGGGAUGCAUACGGUAUAGAAUAGAAUAUAAUUUUCUUUGGCAUCCCUAUACAAGAAUGAAAAUGCAUUCAUUCAGCUCUACUGUUAGGUUAGUGUCAUGAUACGAACAUUUAAGUCAGAAAUGUAAUAACAAAAAAUAACAAAUGUAUCAGUAUUUAAUUCCCAAGGAAAACGUAAUUUUUAUUGCUCUUCAAAUCAGAAACUUCUUGCACACUUAUGUACUGGUUUGCUUUUAAGAUCACAAGUCAAGGGCUCAGCCAUCGCCAUGGAGAAGUAUGAGAAGAUGGGGAAGAUCGGGGAGGGGUCCUAUGGCGUCGUCUUCAAGUGCAGGAACAGGGAUACGGGACAGAUCGUUGCCAUCAAGAAGUUUGUGGAGACGGAAGAUGAUCCCAUCAUUAAGAAGAUCGCUCUGAGAGAGAUUAGGAUGCUGAAGGUAAAAACCACCCAGCCUUGAGACAUCUUUUUAAAACCACCCAGCCUUGAGCCAUCUUUAUUAAAACCACCCAGCCUUGAGCCAUUUUUAUUAAAACCACCCAGCCUUGAGCCAUCUUUAUUAAAACCACCCAGCCUUGAGCCAUCUUUAUUAAAACCACCCAGCCUUGAGCCAUUUUUAUUAAAACCACCCAGCCUUGAGCCAUCUUUAUUAAAACCACCCAGCCUUGAGCCAUCUUUAUUAAAACCACCCAGCCUUGAGCCAUCUUUAUUAAAACCACCCAGCCUUGAGCCAUCUUUAUUAAAACCACUCAGCCUUGAGCCAUCUUUAUUAAAACCACCCAGCCUUGAGCCAUCUUUAUUAAAACCACCCAGCCUUGAGCCAUCUUUAUUAAAACCACCCAGCCUUGAGCCAUCUUUAUUAAAACCACCCAGCCUUGAGCCAUCUUUAUUAAAACCACCCGGCCUUGAGCCAUCUUUAUUAAAACCACCCGGCCUUGAGCCAUCUUUAUUAAAACCACCCAGCCUUGAGCCAUCUUUAUUAAAACCACCCAGCCUUGAGCCAUCUUUAUUAAAACCACCCAGCCUUGAGCCAUCUUUAUUAAAACCACCCAGCCUUGAGCCAUCUUUAUUAAAACCACCCGGCCUUGAGCCAUCUUUAUUAAAACCACCCAGCCUUGAGCCAUCUUUAUUAAAACCACCCAGCCUUGAGCCAUCUUUAUUAAAACCACCCGGCCUUGAGCCAUCUUUAUUAAAACCACCCAGCCUUGAGCCAUCUUUAUUAAAACCACCCAGCCUUGAGCCAUCUUUAUUAAAACCACCCGGCCUUGAGCCAUCUUUAUUAAAACCACCCAGCCUUGAGCCAUCUUUAUUAAAACCACCCAGCCUUGAGCCAUCUUUAUUAAAACCACCCAGCCUUGAGCCAUCUUUAUUAAAACCACCCAGCCUUGAGCCAUCUUUAUUAAAACCACCCAGCCUUGAGCCAUCUUUAUUAAAACCACCCGGCCUUGAGCCAUCUUUAUUAAAACCACCCAGCCUUGAGCCAUCUUUAUUACUUUAUUUCUCUCUUUUAUUAUCUCACACCUGUUGCUUAAUUCCUCUCUGAUUGCUUGUGUCUUUUUGUAAUAAGCUUCACUGUUAACCCCCUGGCAUGGGCCCUGGGUCCUACAGUAUUAUCCAUGGUAAAGUAUUAUUUAACCCUUCUUUAGAAAUGUCAAAUUGUUUUGGUGUAAUGAUUAACUUCGACUUGUGAUGUAUGGAAUGUCAUAUAGACUGGUUGUUACAAUACUGUAACGGUGCUGUAAUUGGUACGUUAUACCAAAUAGUAUAUCAGUAUGGUCUGGGUCAUCAGUAGUCAGUAUGGUCUGGGUCAUCAGUAGUCAGUAUAGUCUGGGUCAUCAGUAGUCAGUAUGGUCUGGGUCAUCAGUAUUCAGUAUGGUCUGGGUCAUCAGUAGUCAGUAUGGUCUGGGUCAUCAGUAGUCAGUAUGGUCUGGGUCAUCAGUAGUCAGUAUGGUCUGGGUCAUCAGUAGUCAGUAUGGUCUGGGUCAUCAGUAGUCAGUAUGGUCUGGGUCAUCAGUAGUCAGUAUGGUCUGGGUCAUCAGUAGUCAGUAUGGUCUGGGUCAUCAGUAGUCAGUAUGGUCUGGGUCAUCAGUAUGGUCUGGGUCAUCAGUAGUCAGUAUGGUCUGGGUCAUCAGUAGUCAGUAUGGUCUGGGUCAUCAGUAGUCAGUAUGGUCUGGGUCAUCAGUAGUCAGUAUGGUCUGGGUCAUCAGUAGUCAGUAUGGUCUGGGUCAUCAGUAGUCAGUAUGGUCUGGGUCAUCAGUAUUCAGUAUAGUCUGGGUCAUCAGUAGUCAGUAUGGCCUGGGUCAUCAGUAGUCAGGAUGGUCCCUGAUCUAGAGAAUACACACACAGGCAUGUACGCACGCACAGGGACCAGAUAGAAGUCCUCCAAGGUUGGGAGUAUUUAGGGACCAGAUAGAUGUCCUCCAAGGUUGGGAGUAUGUAGAGCCCAGAUAGAAGUCCUCCAAGGUUGGGAGUAUGUAGGGACCAGAUAGAAGUCCUCCAAGGUUGGGAGUAUUUAGGGACCAGAUAGAAGUCCUCCAAGGUUAGGAGUAUUUAGUGACCAGAUAGAAGUCCUCCAAGGUUGGGAGUAUUUAGGGACCAGAUAGAAGUCCUCCAAGGUUGGGAGUAUGUAGGGACCAGAUAGAAGUCCUCCAAGGUUGGGAGUAUGUAGGGACCAGAUAGAAGUCCUCCAAGGUUGGGAGUAUUUAGGGACCAGAUAGAAGUCCUCCAAGUUUGGGAGUAUUUAGGGACCAGAUAGAAGUCCUCCAAGGUUGGGAGUAUUUAGGGACCAGAUAGAAGUCCUCCAAGGUUGGGAGUAUUUAGGGACCAGAUAGAAGUCCUCCAAGGUUGGGAGUAUGUAGGGACCAGAUAUAAGUCCUCCAAGGUUGGGAGUAUUUAGGGACCAGAUAGAAGUCCUCCAAGGUUGGGAGUAUUUAGGGACCAGAUAGAAGUCCUCCAAGGUUGGGAGUAUUUAGGGACCAGAUAGAAGUCCUCCAAGGUUGGGAGUAUGUAGGGACCAGAUAGAAGUCCUCCAAGGUUGGGAGUAUUUAGGGACCAGAUAGAAGUCCUCCAAGGUUGGGAGUAUUUAGUGACCAGAUAGAAGUCCUCCAAGGUUGGGAGUAUUUAGGGACCAGAUAGAAGUCCUCCAAGGUUGGGAGUAUUUAGGGACCAGAUAGAAGUCCUCCAAGGUUGGGAGUAUUUAGGGACCAGAUAGAAGUCCUCCAAGGUUGGGAGUAUUUAGUGACCAGAUAGAAGUCCUCCAAGGUUGGGAGUAUUUAGGGACCAGAUAGAAGUCCUCCAAGGUUGGGAGUAUUUAGGGACCAGAUAGAAGUCCUCCAAGGUUGGGAGUAUUUAGGGACCAGAUAGAAGUCCUCCAAGGUUGGGAGUAUUUAGGGACCAGAUAGAAGUCCUCCAAGCUUGGGAGUAUUUAGUGACCAGAUAGAAGUCCUCCAAGGUUGGGAGUAUGUAGGGACCAGAUAGAAGUCCUCCAAGGUUAGGAGUAUUUAGUGACCAGAUAGAAGUCAUCCAAGGUUGGGAGUAUGUAGGGACCAGAUAGAAGUCCUCCAAGGUUGGGAGUAUGUAGGGACCAGAUAGAAGUCCUCCAAGGUUGGGAGUAUUUAGUGACCAGAUAGAAGUCCUCCAAGGUUGGGAGUAUUUAGUGACCAGAUAGAAGUCCUCCAAGGUUGGGAGUAUUUAGGGACCAGAUAGAAGUCCUCCAAGGUUGGGAGUAUUUAGGGACCAGAUAGAAGUCCUCCAAGGUUGGGAGUAUUUAGGGACCAGAUAGAAGUCCUCCAAGGUUGGGAGUAUUUAGGGACCAGAUAGAAGUCCUCCAAGGUUAGGAGUAUUUAGUGACCAGAUAGAAGUCCUCCAAGGUUGGGAGUAUUUAGGGACCAGAUAGAAGUCCUCCAAGGUUGGGAGUAUUUAGGGACCAGAUAGAAGUCCUCCAAGGUUGGGAGUAUUUAGGGACCAGAUAGAAGUCCUCCAAGGUUGGGAGUAUUUAGGGACCAGAUAUAAGUCCUCCAAGGUUGGGAGUAUUUAGUGACCAGAUAGAAGUCCUCCAAGGUUGGGAGUAUGUAGGGACCAGAUAGAAGUCCUCCAAGGUUAGGAGUAUUUAGUGACCAGAUAGAAGUCCUCCAAGGUUGGGAGUAUGUAGGGACCAGAUAGAAGUCCUCCAAGGUUGGGAGUAUUUAGGGACCAGAUAGAAGUCCUCCAAGGUUGGGAGUAUUUAGGGACCAGAUAGAAGUCCUCCAAGGUUGGGAGUAUUUAGGGACCAGAUAGAAGUCCUCCAAGGUUGGGAGUAUUUAGGGACCAGAUAGAAGUCCUCCAAGGUUGGGAGUAUUUAGGGACCAGAUAGAAGUCCUCCAAGGUUGGGAGUAUUUAGGGACCAGAUAGAAGUCCUCCAAGGUUGGGAGUAUGUAGGGACCCGUUGCCUCACAAGACAAAUGUUGUUGCCUUUACAGUUACAAUGUAUGCUAAAUGUAAAGGCAGACUCACAAUACUAAUGUUAAACAUAGAGAAACAAAAGGCAGUUAUAAACGUUACAGCUACAGGCCUCUAGACCUGUUCUUCCUCAGUCUAUAGGAUUCUGAGCUCCAGAAAAUGAUGCAUGCAGCAAGGCAGGGGAAGGUGAAUGAAGACCCUCUGCUUUUCCCAGCCUUGUUGUAUCCCAGUUGUACGUCAUUGGACACAAGGGGGAGGGGGGGGGGGGGAUACUGUCUUUGUUCUUGGUCAAUGCCCCUGUUUUAAGAGCUUUCAGUUGACUACAAAGAGCAGCCCAUGGACACACAGUAAACAUACAGUACGUCUUGACACCAGUUGACGGAAAAUAUUGUGUCAUUUUAGUUCAACAACAGUUUGCUGUAUUUUUCUGUAUGAUAUUUGACUGUUGUGCAUCUUAGAUUCACUAACAAGUACCCUGACAGCUGGCUUGUGAUAGAUUCAGCUUUUUCCAGAAUAAACAUUCCUUUCCAAAUAGUAUGUAGAAUGGAUGCUUUACCUUUCAAUCAGCCAAAUGUGUUCAUUUACAUUUACAUUUUAGUCAUUUAGCAGACGCUAUUAUCCAGAGCGACUUACAGUUAGUGAGUGCAUACAUAAUUUUUUUAUUUUUCAUACUGUGUUCAACACCAAACUGAUUGCAUGUAAUUUACAUUAAUAAUUUGCGAUAUUAUACUGAACAACAAUAUAAAACGCAACAUGUAAAGUGUUGGUCCCCAUGUUUCAUGAGCUGAAAUAAAAGAUCCCCAGAAAUGUUCCAUACUCACAAAAAGCUUAUUUCUCUCAUAUUUUGUGCACACAUUUGGUUACAUCCCUGUUAGUGAGCAUUUUAUCCUUUGUCAAGAUAAUCCAGCCACCUGACAGGUGUGGCAUAUCAAGAAGCUGAUUAAAACAGCAUGAUCAUUACACAGGUGCACCUUGUGCUGGGGACAAUAAAAGGCCACUCUAAAAUGUGCAGUUUUGUCACAACACAAUGCCACAGAUGUCUCAAGUUUUGAGGGAGCGUGCAAUUGGCAGGCGGACUGCAGAAAUGUCCCAGAGAAUUGAAUGUUCAAUUCUUUACCAUAAGCCGCCUCCAAUGUCGUUUUAGAGAAUUUGGCAGUACGUCCAACCGGCCUCACAACCGCAGACCACAUGUAACCACGCCAGCUCAGGACCUCCACAUCCGGCUUCGUCACCCGCGGGGUCCUCUGAGACCCUCGCCCGGACAGCUGAUAAAACUGAGGAGUAUUUCUGUCUGUAAUGAAGCCCUUUUGUGGGGAAAAACUCAUUUUGGCUGGGCCUGGCUCCCCAGUGGGUGGGCCUAUGCCCUCCCAGGCCCACCCAUUGCUGCGCCCCUGCCCAGUCAUGUGAAAUCCAUAGAUUAGGUCCUAACGAAUUUAUUUAAAUUGACUUGAUUUCCUUAUAUGAACUGUAACUUAGUCAAAUUGUUGCAUUUUGUGUUUAUAUUUUUGUUCAGAAGGACCUUUUCUCUUUCUUAAUUUUUACUUUCCUUUUUUCAAACAAUCUGAUCCAAUGAACCGAGAAGGCUGGGCUUGACAUACUAGGACUUUCUUAAUCUAUAAUCUAAAAUAUUGUGCUGCUGUUAUUAUUUCUAUUAAUAUUAUUAUUAUUAUUGUUAUUAUUUUACUUUUCUGACUUGUUAUUUGGUUAGUUCUCUCUUAAGAAGCACCCUCAGACAUGCAAUAGACCUAUGGGGCUUUGAAUGUGCGAGUGAAGGGUGGCAGUAUCGAAUUAGGUUAUCGUAGGACUGCCCAUAUUUCCCUCUGGGCUACGCCAAUGGGCGGCCAAAGGUUUGCCUUAGGACGCAAAGGUGUGUCAUGAGUCAGGGAGGUGGUCUGAUGGUCUUAGGGACAACAGACCUAGAUAAGGAGGUUUUAGUGGGUGGAAUAUCAGGUUUACACAGUUGCAGCUACGGUAUUUUUAACAGUGCAAAUAUUAUGCUACAGCUACAGUGAGGGGAAAAAAGUAUUUGAUCCCCUGCUGAUUUUGUACGUUUGCCCACUGACAAAGAAAUGAUCCGUCUAUAAUUUUAAUGGUAGGUUUAUUUGAACAGUGAGAAAAAAUCCAGAAAAACGCAUACCAAAAAUGUUAUAAAUGUAUUUGCAUUUUAAUGAGGGAAAUAAGUAUUUGACCCCCUCUCAAUCAGAAAG